CUUGGCCCUGGACCACCGCGCCGAUGGACUGCUGUGUCCAUGUCUCUGCUCUGUACAACGCAGGCGCAACACAGAUGCUCCACAUGCUCCCUUUCUGUUUGGGAAGCAUGCCUCCAUUCCUGGCCCGUCCGGUCAUAUAGCAAUCAUCGUCGGCGCUCUGCAGUCGCUGCGACUGUUCUGAGCGGCCACCAUCACGCCCUCCUCUCUCCGCCCCCGCACUGCUUCUCCACAACCCGUCAUGUCGUCGCCGUCGCCCAUCCCGCCGCCCAACGACAGGCGCAACUCGCGGGCCUCUACCAACGGGGGCCUGCCGAACGAAGCAGACGCGCUGUCAGAGCCGUCAGAAUUGCGUGUGCGUCGAAAGAGCAAAUGUCUCAAAGUGCCCCCUGAAAUGUCCGCGCUCGAGUACGCGUCCAGGCCCGACAGCAACCUCGUGUGUCUGAUCUGCCACGCCCCCUUCGACAGGCCCGUCCAGUUGCUCUGCGAGCACUACUUCUGCCGUGAAUGCCUCGAGCAUGCCUGGGCGCCGCAGUCCAACAACCGCAAGACGUGUCCAACCUGUCGCCGCCAUGUCGAGGGCGAGAACGAUAUACGCCCCGUGCCCAAGAUCAUCGAGACGAUGCUUGACGAGCUGGUAGUCAAGUGCCCAAACAGCAGGACGGGAUGCACCUGGGUCGACCAUCGCGUCAACGUACACGAUCAUGUCAUGCUAUAUUGCGAAUACACGCCCAUCGAAUGCCCUGCAGCUGAUUGCAGGUUACACACAACCCAGAAGGAUUUCCACAAGGGCUGUCUGCACUACACGGUGGGCUGCGAGGACUGCCACACGUCGCUGAUGAAGAGAGAUCUCGAAGAACACCAGCGAUAUUUGUGUCUCAAUCGCACGACUUCGUGCGCCCUUUGUGAGGCCGUUCUGCUUCGACUCGACCUCAAGACCCACAUCAACAACGUGUGUCCGAAACAUGUCAUUUCCUGCCAGGGUACCAUCGUCGGGUGCAAGUUCCGAUCUGAGCGCGCAGACGUGACACAGCAUGAGAUGGCAUGCGCUAUGGCAACAAUGGCGCCGCACUUCCGGGACCAGCAAGCUCGCCUUGAGAGGCACGAAGCACGCAUGGAGCCGUUGGCGAGGAAGGUCGGCAUUCUGGAGGAUGGCCUUGCCAACAUAACCAACAUGCUGUAUCCGGCUAAUGCAAACGAUGCAUCAUUUCCCGUGGCCGACCACCUGGAUCCAAACGAUGCCGCGGCCGACUUUCGCCUGCCACCAGCAUCAUUCCCACAUGGCGCUCAUGGCAGCGACAACAGUUCAAAUGAGCCCCCUUUCGACUCCCAAGUCCACCAUCUCCUCACAUUGCACGAGAACCUACGCGAGGAAGUGUCUCGCAUUUCUACCACGCUAACGGAAGUCGAGGGCCGCACCAACAUGAUGAUCAUCAAUGAAAGCCAGCGCAACAAGGACGAGAUGCUGCACACAAACGCUGCAAUUAACAACAUGCGCAUGCAGCUGCACUGGCUCAUGAGUGCGACCAUACACCAACGAACCACCUCGGCGUCAACAUCGACAUCCAGACCCUCUGCAAGCACAAGUGCGGGUACCACCGGUCGCAGCACGACGCAAGGGCCUAGCUCCAGACCGGGUCCGAGUGGAACGUUACCAGCGCCUUACCGGAGGCUGAGUGACUCCAACAGGCAGGACACAAAACUGUAAACCGACUCGACAGCCUCUCUUACUGGUGGCAACUGCUAUGAAAUAUGAUUUACGAAAUGUGCUUUUCAAUGGCGUUAGGAUUGGGCAUCUGGAUUCAUAUGGGAGGAUUAUUCGAUUUCCCUGGCAUUCCUGUCAUCUUCUCACAGGAGUUCAUGACACAGGCAUAGAUUCGGGGAUGUAGAUACCCUUUUGUUAGCGAUAUUGCAGGGCGAUGGGCCCUUGCUCGGAAUGUUUGUUAGAUGGUAGCGAAUGAUCGCAGCGAGAAAAGUGCUUCCCUAGUGGAAAGCAUAGAUACCCAGUAGUCUCAAUCGGGCAUACUAUCAUAAUGAACCUUUGAAG